CAAAAGAAAAAGUGUGUUUCCAGUUGUGUGUAUAAACUGGCGUGUAAUAUGUAGCAAGCGGGAAGUUGGAACUGGAAGGUAAACGAAGCAACUUGACGUAAAGUUCGUUUUUUAAGGAAUGGAAAGUGGUCAUGGUCCUAAACCAAAACUCGUAGUUUUUGACCUAGAUUACACGUUAUGGCCUUUUUGGGUUGACACUCAUUUCACACCACCAUUCCACAAAGAUAGUGAUGGGAAUGUUCUUGACAGUCGGCAGGCAAAAAUCCUUCUGUAUCCAGAUUCUGAUGAUAUUUUAAAACAGCUGAACGCAGAUGGUUACACUAUUGCUGUCGCAUCAAGGUAUUUUAGUUUGUUGGAAAAAUCUUCCACCUUAUCUGCGGACAGUUGUACACAAACCUCUAGUCCAAGUGAUGGAUUCUUCACUGGUGUUUAA